GAUGCCCUAUGAUAAAAUCUCCUACUUUUAUCUCUCUUCUCAAGAACUGCAGUGUCCAUUGAGGUUGAGAGAGAGAGAGAGAGGGAGAGAAUGGAGCUUGCUUUACUUUUUUCUUCUUUCACUGUAUAAACGAAAAGAAACAGCCCUUGUGAGCAUGGCUGUGGACCACAACAAUGCACGAAAAUCUUUGCUUCUUGACACGCUUUACUGUGAAGAAGAAAAAGAAGAAGAAAAAUGUGAAGAAGAAGAAAGUAAAAGUGAAAUCACCUUAAACGAUAAUAAUCAUUCGCUGGUAUUUGAAUACGAUGAUGAAGAAAUUGAAUCUCUUCUGAGGAAGGAGAGGGAGACAUCUCUCGAAUCAACGCGCUUUUCUAUUUCUUCAUUCUUUUGCGCUGCUAGAAAGCAAGCUGUUGAAUUCGUUCUUACAAUCAGUUCGCGUCAUGGAUUCUCGGCGUCCGCCGCCGUUCUCGCUGUCAAUUUCGUCGACAGAUUCUUACUCGAUUAUUUGAGUUUGGAGAAAGAUGAGAAGCGGCCGUGGUUGAUGCAGCUCGUUGCUGUCGCUUGCCUCUCUUUGGCCGCAAAAAUGGAAGAAACUCAUGUUCCACUUCUCGUAGACCUUCAAGUGGAGGAUGCGAAAUAUUUGUUCGAGGCGAAAACCAUUAAAAGAAUGGAGCUAUUGAUUCUUUCUGCAUUAAAUUGGAGGAUGAAUCCAGUCACCCCUCUUUCCUUUAUUGAUCAUUUUGUAAGACGACUUGGAUUGAAGAAGAGCUGCGUAAUUCAUUUGGAGUUUCUCACAAGUUGUGAAAACACCAUCCUUUCCGCCAUCUCCGAUUCAAGGCUUGUAGGUUAUUAUCCAUCUGUUUUGGCGACUGCGACGAUGCUUCACGUUGUCCAUCAAGUUCAAUACUGCGGCAAUGCGAUUGAGUGUGAGAAGAUGAUGUUGGAUGUGCUCAAAAUCAGUAAGAAGGAAGUGGAUAAGUGCUACAGGCUGAUCUUAGACGUAGUUUCAAGCAAGAAGAAAUGUUCAAAAUGCGAAUUGAGUGGAAGCAGUUGGAGUGAUGUAAUAAUAAAUGAAGAAGCAUCGCAGCCUAAUUUGAAGAAACACAAGAUUUGAUUUGAGCGACGGCAUCAGCAUUCAGAUUCAUGAUCAAUAUUGAAAAUCAUGUCUCUCCUCUGACCCUGAGAGAUAGAGGUGUUGCUUGCUAGUACAAUAAUUUAUGCCUGCUGGAAGCGAAGAAAAGUUAAACUACUUUUACCAACACUUGUGAAUCUGUGCACAAACAGAGAAGCCAAGAGAAGAUACAGUGUGUAGAGAGGGAGAGGGAGAGAAAUAAGUGUGUCAUUCUAUUUAGGGGUAUAUACCAGCACUGCCCCUCAAUUCCAAUUGCGGAAAUGUCUAAUUUAAUAAAUGGAACCAUAUUGUUACUGCGUGUUUCCAUUUCUAAGAAACUCCUAGUUUGUUACUUCCC